CGUCCGGGACCCCACCGCCGACCCGGCGACCCGCCCGCCCGCGAACCGCCCGCCAUGGCGCCUCCGAAGACCGUCCUCGACAAGAUCGUCCACGCGAUAACGACGCUGUCGGACCCGACCGGGAGCUCGCGCGUCGCGCUCGCGAAGUUCCUGAAGCGAGAGUUUGACAUCUCCAACGCGACGCUGAUCAAAAAAGCGCUCGCCAAGGGCGUGAAAGACGGGAAGCUGACGCAGAGAGGGCAGUCGUUCGCGCUCCCGGGGUGCGACUUCGCGCCGCCGGAGGACGAGCGGUUGAGGCACGAGAUCCUUCGCGCGGGCGACGACGACGCGCGCGUCGCGGGGAAGGGCGACGACGUCGUCGUGAGCUACGUGGGCACCUUGGAAUCCGACGGGACCGAAUUCGACGCCUCGGACGCGUUCGGCUUCACGAUUGGCGCGGGCGAGGUGAUCAAAGGAUGGGACCAGGGCGUGGACGGGAUGCGCGUGGGGGAACGACGGAAGCUCGUGGUUCCGCCGAAGCUCGGGUACGGGAAGCGCGGGUCGCCGCCGGAGAUCCCGGGAGACGCGACGUUGACGUUCGUGGUGACGCUCAUCGCGGUGCGGUAGUUUUCAUCGUACGAGUGUAAACAUUUCAUACUAUU